UCCACGAAACGUUUCUCUUUUAAAACCACCAUGGGAAGACAUCAACAGCGUUACCGCGGCGUCCGUCAAAGACAUUGGGGCUCUUGGGUCUCUGAAAUUCGACACCCCGUCUUGAAAACUAGAAUAUGGCUAGGCACAUUUGAAACAGCAGAGGAUGCAGCAAGAGCUUAUGAUGAGGCGGCAAGGCUAAUGUGUGGGCAAAAAGCACGAACCAAUUUUCCACACAAUCCCAAUGAGCCUCAAUCUUCUUCAUCAAAGCUGCUCUCAGCUACCUUGGCAGCUAAGUUACAUAAAUGUCACAUGGCAGCACUCCAACUGGCUAAAAAGAAUGCAGCAAAAGAGUCUUAUGGAGCAGAAUGUCACCCUUUGGCUCCCACCGGAAGCAAUAUUGGAGAAAUGGAUUGCCGGCGGCAGCCGGAGAACAUAUGGUUAGGAGAGGAAAGUCAGGUGGGGAGUGAAGAGCAGUUCAUUCCACUAGAAGAUGAUCAUAUAGACCAGAUGAUAGAGGAGUUGCUUGAUUAUGGAUCUAUUGAAUUUUGCUCUGUUAGUUCAACUUAAGGUCUAAAAUUAAUCAUUUUCCAAAUGUUAAUGCACUUUUUUUUUUCAUUUUUCUAGUUCUUG